AAAUAUUUUUAUAUAAUUAAAUGAUGAUAUAUCAUAUUAUUAUAUUAAGCAUUAUGUUAUUAUUUAAUUGGAUUGGAGAGAAAUAAAAAAUAGAAAGACACGACGUUAGUCUGGGUAAAGGACCCAAGUUGGUCAAUUCAAUUUUGGUCGACCACAGGGUUGUGGCAAAUAGGCCGUGAUAGGUCUGGAUUUCUUUCUUGUUGGCGAAACUAUUUUCUGGAUCAGCUGAAAUCCUCCAUCGUUGAUCCAUCUCUCUCUCUUUCUCUCAAAUACUCAAAGCAAGUGAUUGAUCUCAAUCCUCGGUGAAGGUGACAUGGCAUCUAGGAGGAACAUCAAUUACAGUCGUCUUCCCGAUGAAGACAAUGAUCGUAUAGGCAAUGAAGGAAGAUACGACCCUCGGUUUGACUACUCACCAGGAAGCUUGGAUGAAGUCCCAUGGAAAUCCAUUGCUCUUGCACUUUUUCUCCUUUUUCUUGGAUGUUGUCUUCUUCUUCUUUCAAUCUUCAUCUUCACAGGUCACAUGGGAGGAGACAAAUCCCAAGCAUAUGGCCUCUUAGGACUUGGUGCACUCACCUUCCUCCCAGGGUUCUAUGAGACUCGAAUUGCGUUUAUAGGUGUUGAAGCCUUUUGCUUAGGAACCCAUGUGUUCUUAAACUUCCUUUGAUUGGGUUUGAAGUAUGUGCUCUUAGACAUUUGACUGGUCAUAACAAGAAUUUGAAAGAGCAAUUCAUCAUCAUAUUUUCUAUAGCACUCCAGCCAUAUAAGUCUUAAUAUCCUUUUGAACUUUUGUAAAACAUGAAAGUGUUCCAUUCAUCGACAAUGUCAUUCUCACCGACAACACGAGGUAAAUUAAUGACCCACUCAAUCGUCAUUUUGAAUCGACAUCAAUUUGAAUGAAAAACUGAGAUAUUGACUUGA